UUAUUUCCUGUCAGAAAAGGGGGCACUCAACUGUGCAGAUAGCCGACAUCUCUUUGGAUUGAUUCAUUACUGAUAUCAUGCUCUCAGUUGUUGCUUCUAAUACUGUAUAGGAAAAAUUUCCUCCUUAUGUCUCGGCUCCGACAACUCAUGGUAUGCAUCGGGUCCAAGUUCCAACCCCGUUCUUGUCGGCUACCGCCUAACUGCUCGGCUUGUCUCAUGCGGUGCUUUUGCGGUGGUAUCGUCGUUUUUGUCACGUCGGGUCUACAAUGGGUCGACCGAAACCGAUGCAAGACGGACGAUGAUGCUUGUUCCGUGGUGCGCUCUCUGCAUGAACUUCCUUUUGUCACUAUCUGCAAGGAUCGUAUUCUGGUCACGGAAGAGCGACUUGUGGGCUAUAAAUUGAUGCGACUACCAGCAGCAAGCGCUCACAUAUCACGAUACAGGAACACUUGUCUUUCCGUAUGCUCAGUCAGAAACCUUGAUACGUAUGGUCGCUACCAAUCUUUCGCCGCGACUGCGUCGCGUACCAAGGUCAUUUCGGGAUCUGAAGGGGAACCUUUUUUCUGUUCUCAUAUCAUCUCAUGCUCUGUGAUAACCACAAGCAACCCUCGGUUCUCCGCCUUUGGCGGCCCCCUUCCCUACUGUCGAUCCAUAUGCGGCCUUGGUGUUCUUCUCGCCAAAUGUCUAAAACGACACUUGCGUUCCUACGUCUAGUCUCUGAUCUGUGUAAAACGCUGGAUACAUAUCUGACGUCCCUGGAGCCUUUUCUGCUAGGAGAUGUCUCUAAGAAAUGAGUUGACGAUGGCAUGGAGCAUGGAGCGUUUGUCCCCUUCUGCUUGAAACGCACUCAGUUUCGGUGUCUAUGGAACAUGUCUCUAAACAUUGACAAUCUUUCAAUACAGAGGGCAUACAAGGCAUGGAGAGCUCCUUUACUUGUCGGUUCUAAUUGCUGACAAGCUUACGAGGAUGACGCGGCAGUUUAAAGAGGUUUGGCUUAGUUGCUUCAUCGAAUAUUGGAGGUUCAAAAUCAAAUUUGAAACAUGGUCAGUCUC